GAGAUCAGAGUUCAAAACGAUACUUGCUUCAACCCGGAAAAACAUAUAAUCAUUUCAAGCCAACAAGACGCAGGCGGGAACACCGGCACAGACAGAUGUAAGACGCCGGCGAUGUUCAUUUGGAUGAUUUUACCAUGUAAUGAGAUCCUGAUAGCGGAGAAUGUCCCAACCCUUUCCUGCUUUUUUAACCUUAGGGUCGAAAGUCAUGCGAGCGCAUUCCGGUUUUACGAUUUCCAGGCGGCAUGCGAAGUUUCACUUGCCACUACCGUAAGGUUAGCAGAUGAACCGGUAAUAGCGUUUCCACUUCGGCCAGCUCUGCCUCUCCUCCUCCUCCUGCACCUGAAUGAUCCCCAGCAUUCUAAAGUCCCUCCUCCCGGUAUUAAUAUUCGUAUCCUCCACUCUCCCAAAUCUCGUCCGAAACCAUAUCUUAUGGCCCAGCCAACAGACCAACACCACCGGCAACGGGAGGCACUGCACAAAGAAAUUCUGCACCUAGCCACUCCAAUCCCACUCCUCACCAUCAUCCCGCGGCAGCGGCGCAAUAGCCACCCACACCUGGGCGACCAAGAUCAAACAAUUACACCCAAACCCCACCCAGCUCCCCACCACACCAGCCUGCGCACGAAACGCCAUCUCCGCCACCGACUGAUGCCGGCACGCCCACGCCUUCCGCAGACGCACAUGCGCCAGACAGCUGCUAGCCCAGGUAAACACGGUACUCAGGCCGCUGACGGCGAGCAGCCAGUCGACGACGGCGCCGUGGGCGUCCGAGUGGGCGAGGUAGGCGGAGCAGGCCGGCGGCGGAGACGGCGAGGACGGCGACGAGCGGGCGGCCGCGCCGGUCGACGUAGGCGAAUACGCGCGGGCGCCUGGCCCUGUUCUGCCAGUGCCGCGAGUGUGCGGGAGGAGCCGAACACGGACGAGUUGCCGACCGAGAUGGCCGCGACGAGGAUCACGCCGUUCAUGACGGAGGGCAGGAUGGUGGCGCCGGCGCUUUCGAUUGCGGCUACGAAGGGGCUGGCCGACGCGUCGGCGAUGCUGGUUGCGUUGAGCAGGCGUGGGUCGUUGUAGGGGACUAGGAGGCCGGCGAGGGUUAGGGAGAUGAUGUAGAAGAGGGUGAUGCGCCAGAAGACUUGUUUGAUGGCGAUUGGGAGGGACUUUCGGGGGUUGGCGGUUUCGGCUACGGCGAGUCCGACUAGUUCGGUGCCGGUGAAGGCGAAGGCUGCUGUGACGAAGACAGCACAGACUCCUUUGAAGUCGUUGUUGGAGGCACCGGGAUCCCGCCAGUAUUGGCCGCCGAUGUCGCCCCCUGUUGGUGUGCCGCCGAUGUUGAUUAUAAUCCCCAGCAGUCUUGGAGUUGUCAGUCUCUUGGCAGUGAAAAGGGGGUCCAGAGUCAAACUCACAUGAAG